AUGAAAUCCCGAGCCGCGUCCCAGGCUCUGAGCCCCAGUCCCAGGCUCUCAUGGUUGUUGAAACCAGGAGACGAAGAGGCAAUUCGAGAGUGGCAAAUUAAGUCGUCAAGUUCUUUAGUUGGUGGGAAUGCAAAUUUGGGUGUUAACAUGAUAGCUAUGCCUUCUAUUGUCCACAUCAUUUUUAUAGUUGUUUUGAAGCCUCCACCGGCCACUGACCUCAUCCAUGAGGUACGGUUGCACGGGCAGCUGCAGAACUCUCUAAUUUCUCCGCUUCCAUGGAGGAACUCAACAUGGCGCACAUUCUCCCAUCCGAGUAUUGUAACCGAUGCACGGGAGGUCGAUGUUGAAGUCCUCCCACUCUCACUAACAAGCCCCACCCUCGUGUUCCGGUUGUUGCUGAUUGGAUGGCGCGAAAACGUGGACCGAAAUCCCCUCAUUGAACCCCUCCAUCUGGUCCUACUUCGACUGAAAAUCCAAAUGGGUCUUAACAAUGACCUCGUUUGUUUAUGGCACCUGCUCCAUCGAGGAUAUCUGGCUGGAUUAUGCGUUGAUGGCGGCGCUGCGCCCAUGUGUGAAUCUACGUCAUGUUUUCGGUCCACAGCCAUCAUGCUACAGGUGGGCAGAUUGAAAACUCCUGUUGCUUGGACAUCUUGGACAGUUCGCACACCAUUCUCGCUAGCACUCACCAUAUCCGUCAAUCAGUUUCCCUCACUGAAUCACCGCGGCUCCAGCCUUGAACCCCAAAAAGAGAAGAGUUGCCCAGGACCCUACCUCCGCCACACAAAAUCAGUGAUCACCCCACCAACAAGAGACCGUGAAAAGGCGCCAACGCACCUAUCGUGGGCUUUCAAGAUCAUCAAACAGAGUAGGCACGCUGCGCGCACGCGGCUCUUCAGCCUGGCUAUGUAUAAAAGAAUGGUUCAUACCCUCCUCCGCUCUUCAUACCCGUAA